UCGGCUCUCGCGCUGCUGCUGCCUGCUGUGUGAAUGUCCCAGCUCAGCAUGGAGUACACUGUUGUACACAGUGAGAGCUGGCAGAGUGUCGAGCUUCUUGGUUUCCAAAAGCCAGAAUGGAGCACAUACAUGUGGCUUCACUCAUUAUAUAUAUAAUGUACCACACUGUCUGCUGCCUGCCCCACUCCUGUUGCCUCCUAUCCCAUCAAAUUGUUCCUCAUGGCCCCUGGCACUCUAUGCACAUGCCCCUUGGGGUAACAUGCUGCUUAGCUCAGGCUUUUACUGACUGCACAGCAAGGCCCUCUUUCCGGCUGAUCCUACUGGGGACUGUCCCCUUCACCCAAGACACAAGCCAAGUAACUCCCUAAAGCAGAAGCAACGGCCAGGAUGGAGGAUCCACCAGAAUCAGCAUCAGUGACAAAGUCAGUUUGGGUCUGGGCCGGCAAUACUACAGUACUGAGGUGUCACCAUGAUCCUGGGAACAGUUUAAUGUUGGUCACAUGGAAGGUGCACCCACUAUAUAAUUCUCACUGUUUGCUGUCACUUCAUAUAGAGAAACAAACCAACAGCAGCAACUGCAGUGAGAGGAUGAGACAGGAGUUGACGUCCCUCAGGAUAGAGAAUACGGCAGUAACAGACCAAGGCAACUACUCCUGUGAGAUUGUCAAUGCAGCUGGUUUAUUCUACAGCUUUUUUAAAUUGAAGGUCUUAGUUCAACCUUCAGUGACGUUGGAGCUAAACAAACUUGGGGUUCCUGAGUGCCGGGCACAUGGGGGGAAUCCAGCAGCAAAUAUGUGGUGGACGCCAGAAGCAGUUGGUUCCAUCAGUACAAACACAGCAAUGCAGCCAGAUAGGAGCUGGACAGUUACCAGCACAUACACUGUAACCAGCAACAAUGUCACCCAAGUCACUUGUCUUGUGUCUCAUCCCACAUUUGUACAACCUCACGUCUCAUCCAUCAGAAUAUCCAGCAGUACAGCCGGCUUGGGCCAUGCAGUGUUGGUGAGACUCACAGUCUCCAUCAUUGUCAUUAUUGUGGGUUCGCUGCUUAUUUGGAGACUGUUCAAGGCUUAUUGUGCACCUUAUUCUGCCACUAGGUGGAGCACACGGAGAACACUUGGCAUUCCUGCAAAUGAAUUGAUUCCAGCUCUUUGAGGAGUCUUAUCAUUCCCUUCUAGAUAAACACACACCUCCAAACUGUCCUGUUUUUCACAGGAAAAUCCAAUUUUGACAGCUCAGCCCUCAGUCUAGGGUUGUUAUUGAAAUGUCCUGAGUUUCUCUUUGAUUUCCUGCACUGAACAGCCAGAAAAAGAUACAACGUUUCUAACUUAAUUGGCUUUUGGUAGAGAGACCAGAAUAUUCUGUGCCUGCACUUAGAUAAAUUUGUAACAAUUCAAGAUAAGCAGAGAUACAAUUGUAACUAAUAAAAUAAGCAGGUCUCUUGGGGAAACUGUGAUGAUGUGCAGGUUAAAGGGCGAUUUCAGCUCCAUUAGCAAAACUGUAAUAACACAUAAAACAUGGCCCUACACCUCCCAGAAAUGUGUUCAAACUUUCCAUAACCUGCUAAAUUUUGUAAAAUGGAGAUGGUUACUAGGGGCGUGGCCACAAAAUGUGUGUGGCAGAUCUUUUUGACACUCAAUUCUUCAAAUAUUGGGUGGAUGGACCAAACAGUGGAACAAAUUGUCUCUAUGGACUUCUCCAGAUCAGAAUCAGACUUCAUGCUCAUUGGCACAAGGAAUAUAUCCUCCAUCUGCAUUUUACUAUGUCACAGAAAUACAUUAAUCCCUCACCAGGUUUGGGCAUUUUUUAGCCAGCGAAGAAUAAACCAUGAACCUAAAAUAAAAAAGUAUAACAGUCAAAUAUUU